AUGAUUUUGAAGCUGCUAAUCUUGUCGUUGUUGGCCGCGUCGACUUUCGGUCAGGAGGACGAUUCGGUGGAAGAGAGACUGCUUGGAGCUAGGCCAGCCGAGAACGGCGAAUUUCCAUACCAAGCCUCGUUGCGAGUUGGCACCGGUCACAUUUGCGGCGCCGCGCUCAUCGGCAAGAAACACGUCUUGACGGCCGCUCACUGCCUUUACGCUCUCCGAGACAUCGACACCGAGUACGUGUCGGUGCUGGUUGGAACGAACGAUUUGAGACUGAAGGAUGGCACCGCUUACGCAGUCAGCAAAAUGACCUAUCAUCCGGGUUACGUCGAGAAAAAGAGUCCCGAUUGGAUGUACGACGUUGGAGUCAUCGAGCUGAAAGACGAAGUAAAGCUAACGGAUCGAGUUGGUAUAGUGAAGCUGCCGACGGAAGCUCCGAAGCCCGGAUCAACGGCCAUAGUCACUGGCUGGGGUGCGACCAAGGCUAAAAGCCCUACGUCGCCAAUUUUGCAGAAAUUAAAUUUGCGCGUCAUAAGCCUCGACAAAUGCAGAAAGUCCAUGCCUUCUUACGCAAGGGUGCACCAGAGUCACGUCUGCACUUACGUCGGUACAGGAUUGGGAUCUUGCUCGGGUGACAGUGGCGGUCCAUUGGUUUCCAACGGUGUAAUAAUUGGAAUUGUUUCCGGAGGCAUACCUUGCGCCCGUGGAUAUCCUGAUGUUUUCACAAGUGUUUACGAUUAUCUACCGUACAUCAAGUCGAUCGUGACUAAGGCAUAA